ACAGCGCUCCCGGCCGCACCUGCUCCCGGCAGGCGGCCGGCCCUGCCCUGCCCCUGCUCGCGGCCCCGGCCCCGGCCCCGCACCGGGACAAAUGGAAGCCAUCCAUCCACUAGCCGAGGAUCAGCUGAGCCCUGGGGCUGAUGCGUGCCCACACUGUUGAGAAUGGCACCGAGGCCCAGCCAGGCACCGGGACAAAGGUUAACCCGGGACGCUCCUGGACAGUGUUCCUGAUGUCUGUUCGGAGCCGCGCACUCAAGGGUGUGAUAGCCCCAGUCAGCGCCAUGGCUUCCGCAGAGCCCCUGACGGCGCUGUCCCGCUGGUACCUGUACGCCAUCCAUGGCUACUUCUGCGAGGUGAUGUUCACGGCGGCCUGGGAAUUCGUGGUGAACUUUAACUGGAAGUUCCCGGGGGUCACGAGCGUGUGGGCGCUCUUCAUCUACGGCACGUCCAUCCUCAUCGUGGAGCGCAUGUACCUGCGCCUGCGCGGCCGCUGCCCGCUGCUGGUGCGCUGCCUCAUCUACACACUCUGGACCUACCUGUGGGAGUUCACCACCGGCUUCAUCCUGCGCCAGUUCAACGCCUGCCCCUGGGACUACUCCCAGUUCGACUUUGACUUCAUGGGCCUCAUCACCCUGGAGUACGCCGUGCCCUGGUUCUGCGGGGCCCUCAUCAUGGAGCAGUUCAUCAUCCGCAACACCCUCCGCCUCCGCUUUGACAGGAACGCCGAGCCCGGGGAGCCCAGCGGCCCCCUGGCCCUGGCCAACGGCCACGUCAAGACUGACUGAGCUGGGGGGGGGGCUGGGGGGCUCUCAUGGAUUCUGUGGACAAGGGUACCAAGCUGGCAGGGUUGCCCCCUCUGUACAGCACAAGCCCUACCCCGUAGGGCACACGGAGCCCCAUGCCCCGCCCACUGUGGGCGGGCGUUGGGGGCGUGGUCAGGUCUUGGGGGCGGGGUGUGGAGGCAGCAGGGGC